AUGAGCCGCGUUAUUCUUGUCACCGGAGCUAAUCGAGGCCUUGGGAGAGGCCUCGUGACACAUUAUCUUGCGCAGCCGGACACCACUGUCAUUGGAACUGUUCGGGAUGUCUCCUCCGAGAAUGCGAAAGAUCUUGUCACGCUACCAAAGGGUGGCGGCUCGCGUCUAAUCGUCGUGCCGCUUAUCGCCGACAGCGCCUCAAACGCUGCAGAGGCCGUAUCCGAGAUCCAGACGCAGCAUCACAUCGAGCACAUCGACAUUGUCAUUGCCAAUGCGGGAAUUUGCACCACUACGGCCGAAUUGUUCAGGGCCGUGGCACCGUUGCUGCAGAAAGCCAGUACUCCCAAGUUCGCUUAUAUCUCCACGCUCCUGGCGAGCAUUCAUGAGAUUGAACAGAUACCCUCGUUGACUGCCGCCUACGGAAUGUCAAAAGUGGCUGGAAAUUAUCUGAUCAAGAAGAUUGAUGCGGAGAAUGAGGGCUUGGUCGCUUUGGCAAUCGAUCCGGGGAUGGUUCAAACGGAUAUGGGUAGUCGCGCUGCGCAAGCCCAUGGACUGGAGAAGGCUCCGGUGAUCGUCCAGGAUACCGUUCACGGAAUUACAAGUCAGAUCGAGGCAGCCACAAAGGCAACUACAUCCGGUCAAUUUGUGAACUAUAACGGGGAAAAGGUGCGCUGGUAGAUGAGGGUUGAAAAUACCAAAUGCUUCUUAUGCCUGCCUGGGUAGGACCUAUAAAUUGAUUGUUUUACCACAUAGCAUGUGGCAUAUUCCUCCUGUUUCUACACGGGAAAGGAUGUUGUUUAUGUAGAGUUUGGUCUCAGCCUUACUCUUCGAACUUUCUGAAUAUGAUAAUUAAGCACGUGAGACAGGAAAUCUAUG